CGGCGGCCAUGGCGGCGGCGCUAGGGACGCGGGGGGCGCCGCGGCUCCUGUUGGCGACGCUGCGGGGCCGGGGCCCGAGCUUCUCGGCCACGGCAGCAGAUGCUCGCCAUUUGACAGCAGAGGAGAGGAACCAAGUUAUCCUUGACCUGAAAGCAGCAGGAUGGUCGGAAUUACAUGAGAGAGACGCCCUCUACAAAGAGUUUUCCUUCAAAAAUUUUAAUCAGGCAUUUGGCUUUAUGUCCCGAGUCGCCCUGCAAGCAGAGAAGAUGAAUCAUCACCCGGAAUGGUUCAAUGUGUACAACAAGGUGCAGAUAACCCUAACGUCACACGACUGUGGUGGACUGACCAAGAGAGAUGUGAAACUGGCCAAGUUUAUUGAAAAAGCAGCUGCUUCUGUGUGAUUGCUUCCAAAAUGGAUGUCAAACCCAAUGCACGUCAAACCCGAUGCACAUCUUGCCAUCAUGUAUGUGGAAGGCAGUUCACAUGAACAAAUUCAUUUGUCAAUUUAAGCUCCCCUUUUGAACAGUCUUUUGUACAAUUAGUGCUUAAUUACAAAAUGAU